AUGUACUUUAGGGAAAGGAGAGCAUUAUCUAAUCAAAAAUAAUAUUAAGGUUAUGAGGAUACCAAAAUUUAAUUAGACUUAAUUGACAAAUUCAUAAAUCCAUCAUAUGAAAUUCCAAUUAGUCAACAACCUAGUCAGAAGAGUGGAAUAAGACAAUUAAAUUAAAUGGAUAAAUCUUAUCAAAUUCCUAAAGUAGUAGUAUAUCCUGAAGAAAAAUUAAAUGAAGAAGUGGCUCAAAUGUAAUAAGCAUUAGAUAAAUAAAGUCAAACUCUUAAACUACUUUUAAAAGAACAAAAAGAAGUAACAUUAUAAAUGGAUAAUCAAGAUUAAUAGAACUCAAGUUUUAAAGUCAAAACUUGAUUAUCUAAAAACUCAAGUGUAAACCCUUCAUCUUAAGUUGCCUUAGCUACCCCAAUAUGACUAAUUUUAUGAAAUUAAACAUGAAAUCAACUCUUUGCGAUAUUCAUUUUUUAACCAAGUUCACUAACCACAGCAACCCUUUAUAUAACCCCCUUAGAUCAUCUAUUAAUAGUUGCCUUAACCUUUUUCGUAACAAUACUUUUAAUAAGCAUAUCUUCCUUUUAAUUAAUAAUAAUCACACUUUGGAUCUUAAAGAGAUUAUCAUCCUUUUCAACAUUUAAUAAAUCCUUAUUAUAAUCCAUCUAACCCUAAAUCAUAAAGAUUUAACACUAAAGACAAAUACCCAAACUCAAAAGGUAAAGUAUAAAAAAAAACUUAAACAAAAACUUAAAAUUCUGUUUCAAAGCCUUUUCAUUCAGAAAGAAAUAGUCGUCAAUCCAUUCCUUUAAUUUCUAAAGGAUUAAAUUAAAAAACCAAAUAAAGCUUUUUCAUGGAUGUAUUAUUAAAAUUAUAUUUGAUAGAAUGCGGUCUUUCAAGUAUAAUAAAAAAUAAAAAAGUUUAAAUUAAAAAAUAUAUUCAAUUUUGUGAGAUAUGCAAUGAGGUGGAAAAUCUAUUGUAGACCCAAUAAAAUAUUAUGGAGAAAAUUAUAUAGACAUUCAGUAGAAUGUAAAGCUAUUAUCUUAAAAACAUCAUAUCCAGUAGCAUUAAAAAGAAUAAGGGAUUGGUGUAAAAUGGUAUUGGCUAAAGUAGAAAAUUAUUUAAGCAAAAUUAAAGAAAUCGAUUUUAUAGUAAUUAAUAUAUCAUUAUCUUAGAAUCCAGAAAAAAUACUGACAGAUAAAGAAAUUGAUUAAUCAUUUAUGUAACUUACUAUUUCAACAAAGUAUUUAAUAACAAGUCUACUUACAUAUUGCACUAGUGAUUUUAUUAUUCCAGAACUUAAAUUUUUAUCCUAUUUAUAGUUUUUUGAUGAACCAAAUAUUGAUAGAGGCCUAUUUAUAUCCAAGCGGGUAUUGUUUUGGAAGGAAAAUCAAUUGGAUAUGACUAAAACUCAAUAAUAAAUGAUUAUUGGUGAUCUAGUUAUAAUUGUACAUAUUUUACCAGCCUUAAUGGAUAUUUCAGGAUCAUAUUUUCUUAUUAAAUGCAUGGUAUCAUUAAUUUAAAUUCAUUUUAUGAAAUAAUUUGAUCUUUAAAUUAUAAAUCCCAAUCCAAGUUAUAGAUUAAUCUAAUUAAAUGUAAAAGAAUAUGUCAAUGGAAAAUUUUCAUUAAAAUUAUAAAAAGUUGAGAAUUUUGAUGAUGAUAGAUAUAUAAUUGGAGUAUAUGAAGAAUAAUAAUUUCAAUAAUUUUUCUAAAAAAGGCCCUACUUUCAAGACGAUAUGUAAAAAACUCUUUCUGAAAUACAUACUAACUUAUUAUAAGCAUUAAUUUCAAAAUGA